AUGGAACACUCAUCAACAAUUAAUGAAUCGAGCACAACCAUUAAAAAUUCUACAAUGUCUCCAAGAGGAUUGAAAAGAAUGCCUGGAAGCGUACGUCUUCCAUCUCCCGUAAAAUCGCAGGCAAGUCCAUUAAAGAGAAUGGAAUCCGGAUUAGGGUCAACAUUAAAAAAAGACUAUUCGUUUGUUAGUCUAAGAACGUCGAUAUUUGUGGAAAAUGACACUGAAACACAAAACAAGCCAAAACAACAAUUAACGCGAACUAAAACGACCAAUGGUCCACUAAAACUGAUGUAUGAAAGUGUUGAAAGCGAAAAAAUUGAGCAAGACAUUUCGAACAUUCGAAAUUUGCCGAUUCAACGACAUCGCAGCUCGUCAGCGAAUUCGGCGGAUAACGACGACAUCGCAACUAAUCCAGACUUACGCAGAACGUCGAGUGGAUCAAUGCUUCUCAGACAAACGCCACCGAAAACGAAGCGAUUUGAAAUUGAGGAAUUUCAGAGUUUGUUGGGACCACGAAGAAGCUCGGGCUCGACAUUGCCAGGAACCCUGAAUCUUGGGAUAACGUCGCCGAGGAAGAGGAGCGAUGAUGGCGGCGUUGUUAGAACAUUGGGACCACGGAGAAGGUCGAGCUCGACUUCCAGACUGACAGCAAGCUCAGAAAACUAUACCCAAGCCAUCACGUCGCCCAGAAAGAAGAUCAUAAGUUCCAAUCAACCCCCGCUAACUCGACGAAGGUCCAACUCGACAUCAAAGCUUGAUACCACGCCAACAUCGUGUGAUCGACAACGUCUCACCCCACUGAACAGUUUAUCAAAAAGGAAAGGAAUAUUUGAAAGAGAUAAAGAAGAUAUUAUAAUAUUGAAUGAGAGAUUGACAGUAGGAAAGAAGGCGAUUUCGACGUCGAAGCUCGAAAAUUUUGUCGAACAUCUGUCGCCACGAAAGAAGCGAUUAGCUGGUGAUUCGGACGAAAUUGUGAUUUUGAGCUCGAUUCCGCCACGACGAAAACGAUCAAGCUCGACGUCGAGACUUGCUUCGGCUCGAUCAUCGUGCUCGCCGAAUCAAAGACCUGCUAGAUGUUCGCCGAGGAAGAAGAGGACCACUGACGACUCGACUAGUCGUCUAGUGGGACUGAGAAAGAGGUCGAGCUCGACAUCAAGGCUUGAAAAACCUUCUGUCGUUGUAGUAGCAGUAGAAGAAUCGCCAAGUAAGAAGAGAAUCGUUGACGAAUCGGCCGAAUCGGCGGCGUUAAAGCGAAAAUACACGUCGACAAUUUCAAUAAUGGCGCCAGUCGCCCACGAAGAAGCGAUUCAAACAGUCGACGGCGGUCUGAAACGCGCGAGAAUUGAGGAAAAAAUUGAGAUAGUCAGGCGACCGCGAAUUCCCGAAGUUGUGACGCUGUCGAGCACCGAAUCCUAUUAUAGUGCCAACUCAGAUUGUGUGAUCGUCGACGAGAAAUUCGCGACGCCCGACGCCACACCGCCCCACGACGUCAUGGUCUCGCCGAUUCUCAAGAAACAAUCGUCGAUUGAAGACCGAAUCAUUGGAAGUGUUCACGAUGAGGAGAAAAGCGACGACGAUGAGUUUGGCGAUUCGACAAAGACGAUCAAAAAGGGGCAGGGGAGUGCGCUGGCGCGAAGUGUCUCAUUGAAAUUGACGAGGAUCAACGAGGCGGCGACGAUCGCUGCCACAACCGAGAAGUCGGCAUCGCUUCCUAGCGUGGCGCCAAUUCAGAAGCAGCGUUCGACGGCGUCGUUGCGAUUCAAAGUGUCGCCGUCGACAUUCCUGAAAGCGGCGUCUCCUGUUGUCGCUCCUCCGGCUCCAAUGGAGCCGUCGACGUCGGCCGAGCCGCACCAUCCGGAGAGCAAAUUGAAAUCGGCGCUGAAAUCGGCGGCCAAGACGAAACGAGACGCUCGAACGCGAUUCACCGGCAUCGACGUGUACUACUUUGAUCGGCGUCAGGGAUGCUCGACGGUGCCGUCGGAAGGCGAAGUGACGCUCGGAAUGCACAAUGAGCAUUUCUCGAAGAAAUAUUUCUCGUUGCAAAACACGUCGCGACCGAAUAUUAAACUCGACGAUGGCGAUGAUGAGGAAUUGUCGGAAGGCGAGGUGACGACGCCGGAUGAUGACGACGACGUCGGCGGCGGCGGCUGUGAAUUUGAUUAUUACGCGUCGCUCUAUCGGCGACACAAUCCGUAUCAGAACGAGCAAUAUCGGCGAACGGUGUUGCGCGAGAAUGGAAUCGAAGUGACCGAUGUCGAUAGUAAUGAUAAUGAGACGGCGGAGAAGAUUCGCGCGGGACGCGAGAAGUGCGGAUGCGAAUGCAAAAAUGGGAUAUGCAAACCGCAUAGUUGCGAAUGUGCCGUCGAAGGAAUCGGAUGUUUGGUGGAUACCGCAGAAGAUCAACGCCCGUAUCCUUGCAAUUGCUCGCGAAAACGAUGCCGAAAUCCGUUUGGACGGCGAGCUUAUGAUGCGGAAGCGGUUCGACGGAAUCACAUUGAAAAAGUUCGAAGUUACAACGCCAUGCUUAAAACGGGUAUUGAAAAAUCGCCGGUUGUUACGAAAUUCGCUGACAGCGAUGAUGAUGAUGAUGAAGCUGUCGAGUCGACGUCGGCGCCAACAGAAGGCGAUUCACCUACUAGAUAUCCAGUGACGCCAGUAUUCAGGAGAAGGCCAGUGUUGUCCGAUGUUCGCGAGAGUUUGAGCGAAACGCCAGCGGCGGCGGCGCCGUCGUCGACAAGUUUGGCGGAUCGAAUUGAGAUGAUGAACAAAUUGGAGAACGAUGUUGUCGUUGAAGCGACGCGAUUCAACGAUAUGGGAUCUGCGGAGAGCCUCAACGGCUCGGGCUCAUUGGAGAGCAUCGAGAACGUCGCGCAAAUCGACAUGAGUCCGGUGAAAGAGCGUUCGGCGGCGGUGGCUGUCUGA